UCUCUCUCUAUCUCUCUCACACUUCUUUUUUUUUUUCUUUCUUUUUUCUUCUUUUGUGUAUUGAAGAAAAAAAAAUGUCAAACACGCCAUCUGAACACCAAGAUGAAGACACAACACAACAAACUCAAGAAGCACCUUUAAUUUUACGCGCUCUUGUCUCAACAAAAGAAGCAGGCGUUAUUAUUGGUAAAGGAGGCAAAAAUGUAGCUGAGCUGCGCCAAGUUACAGGUGUAAAAGCAGGCGUAUCCAAAGUAGUUCAAGGUGUCCAUGACCGUGUCUUGACAGUGAGUGGUACACUUGAAGGGGUUGCCAAGGCUUAUUCACUUAUCGCUCGUACCAUGAUUGAAAAUUCGGUUCAGGCACAUGAGGAUCAUCAAGAACAAACCGAUACAGACACAGCUAUUGCAACAAUACGUCUCUUAAUCUCACACAAUCUAAUGGGCACAGUGAUUGGUCGACAAGGAGUAAAAAUCAAACAUAUUCAAGAUUUGUCGGGUGUGCGUAUGACAGCCUCUAAAACAUUGUUACCCCAAUCUACUGAACGCGUUGUUGAAGUACGCGGUAAUGUACACAGUAUUCAACAAGCCAUGACAGAAAUUGGUACCUGUUUGAUUGAAGAUAAAGAUAGAGCCUAUGGCACCAUUUUAUAUAAUCCAACCAAGGCAGUUGUUGCCAAUACAAAUAAUUUCAUGCCACCAAGACACCAUCAUCACCACCAUCACCACCAACAACAACAACAUCAUAGUGAUAAUACAGAAAACGUUCGUAUACAACACAUUUCAAUUCCAAGUGAUAUGGUGGGAUGUAUUAUAGGUAAAGGGGGACAAAAAAUUUCAGAGAUUCGAAAAUUAUCUGGCUCGCAUAUUUCAAUUGCCAAAGUGCCUCACGAUAAUUCAGGUGAACGUAUGUUUACCAUCCAGGGCACAAUGGAAUCAAACGAAAAAGCGCUUUAUUUGCUAUACGGGCAAUUGGAAGCUGAAAAAGAACGUCGUCUUCGUGGUGUCGGUUUACAACCUUCUUUUGAAGACUUGGAAAAGUAAAUUUGUAUAUUUUACUGUAUCAUAAUAACAC